GGCGGUGCCCGGAAGGAGCUGCUUGGCUCCGCGUGAAGGCAGUUCGCGGGUAGAAAGGUGCUGGUGUGGAGACCGCUUCCGGACUCCAGAAUUGCAGCCUCACCAAUGGACCUGAUUGGUUUUGGUUAUGCAGCCCUUGUGACGUUUGGAAGCAUUUUAGGAUAUAAGCGGAGAGGUGGUGUUCCAUCUUUGAUUGCUGGUCUUUUUGUUGGAUUUUUGGCGGCCUAUGGAGCUUACCGUGUCUCCAUGGACAAACGAGAUGUUAAAAUAUCACUAUUUACAGCUUUCUUCCUGGCCACAAUAAUGGGUGUGAGAUUUAAGCGUUCUAAGAAAAUAAUGCCCGCUGGGCUGGUUGCAGGUUUAAGCCUCAUGAUGAUCCUGAGACUUGUCUUACUGUUGCUGUGAGCAUCCAGAAGAACCGAAAACUAAAUUCCUGUCAUUCUACUGUAAUGGGCAGAGUAUUCUUUGUACUUAAAAGAUAAAUUUCAAUAUAGAAUGUCAAGUCUCUUAUUUUAUGUCAGAAGCAAAAGUUAUACUGUCUCCUCUAAGAUGAAUAAAAGUUUAAGGUAGUUUUUUUUUUUCUUAGACAGCAAAAAUUCAAACUGUUUCUAUUUGUUAAGCGCUGUUUUCAUUAAAGGUGUUUAAUGAAUCCCGAUACGCUCUUUCACUUGCUGUAGCUAUUUUUAUAUUUGUAAUAUUGUUUUUGACAGUUAUAAAUACUGAUGACUCAAGGAAGUUUAAAUUAAACUACAACUUAUCCAAUAAAGGAAUUUCCUAAGUAGACUUCACAAAAUACUAACUUAGAUGUUUGUUACUUGUGCUGUAUCAGAAAUUUUAUUUUUUUUUCCAUUUUAAUUGCAUUUAAUUGCUGCCA